CUUCCCAAAAAAAAAAAAAAAAAAGAGGGGGAAGAAGAAGAAGAAAUAAACCGUACUGGUUUCUCUUGUUGUGGUUGCCGGUAACCCACCAAAGCACCACGGGAAAGUUCAAACCUUGAUCCUAAUUUCUCCCCCAGUUCCUCCCCUUCUUUUACUUUUCAAUCCAUCAAAUUUUACUAUGAAUUAAAUGGAUUGUCUUUCUGUCUGAAAUCUUUAUUGGUCUUUGCCUUUUGGGUGUUUUGCCACUCCUACAUAGAUAUACACCCAGGAGGAAGGAGAAAAUGAGAACGGGAAAGGGAAAUCAGGAGGAGGAAGAGUACGAAGAAGAGAAACAAGGCCCUUCUUCUAAUGUUACUUCUGUUAGCAACAACCUUAACAAAGCUGAUGGGAAGAAUAGUGAGAAGGCUAAUGCAAUUCGAUCGAAGCAUUCUGUCACAGAGCAGCGGAGAAGGAGCAAAAUCAACGAGAGAUUUCAGAUGUUAAGAGAGCUAAUACCCAACACUGAUCAGAAAAGAGAUACAGCUUCAUUCCUUUUAGAGGUGAUUGAGUAUGUUCAAUAUCUACAGGAAAAGGUUCAGAAAUAUGAGGGUUCAUACCAGGGAUGGAGUCCAGAGCCCACAAAAUUGUUGCCAUGGAGAAACAGUCACUGGCGUUCUCAGGGCUUUGUUGGUAACUCUCAAGCCAUGAAAAAUGGUUCUGGUCCAGGGUCAACAUUUCCUGGAAAAUUUGAUGAGAAUAACAUUAGUAUGACCCCCACAAUGUUUACAAGUUCCCAGAAUCCAUUAGAUUGUGAACCAAAUAGGGAUGUUACCUCCAAAGCAACAGAUCAGCAGCCUGAGCUGGCAAAUAAAGGAACACCUCUAUUCAUGCCUGCUUCUGUCCAGGGAGACGGUGUGCAUUUGCAGCCUCUUCAUAGACCAGUGUCCGAUGCGCAAUUAACUGAUUCUCCUAUCCUUAGUGAUACAAUGACUCAAAUGGAGGAGCUAACUGUGGAAGGAGGAACGAUUAGCAUCUCAAGCAUUUACUCUCAGGGGUUAUUGAACUCUCUGACACAAGCACUGCACAGUGCGGGAAUAGAUCUGUCACAGGCUAACAUCUCAGUCCGGAUUGAUCUUGGAAAGAGGGCAAAUAGAGGGCUAACCCCAGGAACAUCUGCUGCUCAGGAUCCACAGAACUCCCCAAAUCAAGCCAUGACCCAUCUCAGAGAUGUGAGCACGGAAGAGGAUUUGGAUCAAGCUCAGAAGCGGAUGAAGAAAUGAUUCUCGUGUAGCAUUUUCUUGAGUGACCCUUUUUUUUUUUCUUUUUCUUUUUUUUUUUUCUUGUUUCUUUCAAUUUCUUCUUGUUUUCAAUUUUGGUUGUAUAUGCAUACCUUUGGUUCCGAUGGGAUGGUAUAUCCUGCAAUGAAUUUUAGGAACUAACAAGCUGCUCGGAUAAAUUAUUAUGUUCUAUUCAGGGGAUAAGUUGCGAGCAUUCGUGUUUGUAUAAUACAUAUUGAUUUCGGAUGUAUAAGAUGAAGCCUCUCUGCCCAUCUGGCCUUAGAAGAUGGAUUA